UUUGUUAAUGGAAACAAAGAGUUCAUCGCCUUACCCUAAAAACAGGUUUUCAUCACCUUAUUCUUCUCAAAAAGGAGGAGAGGGUUCACAAAUCCUCCCAAAUAGAAGAUCCAAUAGAGCCACAAAGAAGAUAGUCGAUGAAGCAUACUGUAGUACUUUACGCUGUCAUCAUUGUGAAAAGCCCUUUUCAUGUAGAGAUUUAUACCAGUGUCCUACACCUGAUUGCGAAGAAAGCUUUUGAUUUCAAUGUUCACGCAAAUAUAACAUUUUCCUAAAAAGAAAAGCUUUCGAACUCAAGCGUACCAAGCAAAGUGAGCCAUGCAUGGUGUGACAAGAGAAGUGAUUGUGUCGACAAUGUGAAAUCAAAGCAAUCACCGAUGAUCUUGAAAAGAUGGAUACUCUCAUCAAGAACAAGCCUAGCCAAAAUGCUGUUAAAGCUAAGAAAAAUGAGUAUACCCCAGAGCUUUGCACCAAAAACCAAGAGAACAUGCCAGCACUCUCAAUGAAUCACCUAAAGCUUGCGACUAAAUAAUACUCCUGAGACUCAUAGCACUCCUCUCCAAAUGCUCCCUACCCUACCGAGCAUAUCCUACUCGAUGUUCGACCUAGCCUGAGCACACCAGCAGAAGAAGAAAAGAGAUCUUAAAGAGCUGUUCAAAGAGCAAAUGGAUAAUUCACUGACUCAUCCGACAAAAGCAGUGAUGCCAGAACAACAAAACUUCUAAUGAUAGGGUAAUAAAGGUUUAUAAACUUGAAUCAA